AUUGGAGAUGCAAUAAUAAAGUUACAUAUAGACAGCGAAUGUUUAUAAAUUGAUUAGCUAGCUGACUAAGAAUAUGCUGUCUCCAGCUCCACCGCCGAUUGAUCCAGCUCAUGAUAUGAUUUCUUCUGAAAGAUAUAUUGAAAGUUUAGAGAAGAAAUUAAAGAAGGUAACUGGAAAAUCGAAAGCAGAGCCAACAUCCAAGGAUAUUAUUAGAUCUCUGGAGCAAUGUAAAGAAGCUAGCAUGAAGCAUCUUAUGGACUCCUCUCAGAAUACAGACCACACCACAGACUACAGUGAUGCCAUACUGAAUAAGUCUCACCAUGGCCAGCAGCAGACGACCGAGGAGAUCGUUGCAAUCGUGUUCCAAGACCAACUCACCAAAGAUCAAACAGAGUCAGCUUAUAAAGAUGAGGACCCUAGUUUACAGCAGAGGUGAAGUAAUAUGGACUUUCCAAUUUUAAACUAGAAGAAUUUGACAGUCAUAUUCUUUAUUGGGUUACUCUGUACUUAAAUGACAACUGAAUGUUCAUCAUACGACGGCAAGUUUUGACUGCUCAUAGGAUAUACAUGUUAUUCCUUCAUGAGAGAAAAAUGAUGAAAAUGUUGAUAUUGUUAUUGGAUAAAAUGAAGUUUGAUUAUUAUGAACUUUUUUUGCGGGCCAUGGCGGUUUGUUAUAACCAUGUUUUACUGUAGUGCGGCUGAUUUUAGUAAUAAUUUUUUAUAUUAUGACAAAAGUUUUACAUUAAAAUCAUUUUGUCAUAGACUAAGAAUUUCAAUGAAUGUAUUUCUAAUUGUUCAGCACAAGAAUAACCGUGUAUGCAAACAUUUGUAUGCAUGUCUUGUGUCAUAUUUAUUCAUACGUCUAAUCAUGAUGAAGUAAUCUUGAUAGCAUUUAACUGCAUUACAGUUUUUCCUUCUUGAUGAACAAUUCUUAUGAUACUAUUUUUAAAAUCAAUACACACAUUCAAUAAAAGUGUAUUUGUUCUUUGAAAAUUGUUAUGAGAUAAAGAAGUAAAUGUUAUUAUCAUGUAAACCUUACACAUUUCAACUACUAAAUAAAUAAAGCAAUUUUAUAUGUACACAUA